AUGACGGGUUGGUCAGUUGCAGCUGACACCGACGACGACCGACGAUCGACCGUUUGUUAUCUGGAGAUGUACUCUGCAUCCAUGUCUGCCCCGGCUCCGCACCCCGGCACUAGUACUCCCCGCAAGAAGAAUUUGGCACUUGGUGCAUUGCGCAAUGCCGGCCUCAUUGACCCCAGCGACAGUCCCAUGAAGGACACAUCCACACGCACCCGUCGCAAGCUAUUGGAUAAGCCAGCAAGGGGUGUCGAUAAUCCAGCCGAAAAGGGAACGAGGACAUCUACGCGACCGAAACCAAAUGGAAUUCCCAUUCGCGGAGCAGGAGGAGCUUCACUUGGCACUCGAGGCGCUGGUGGCCCAACACGACCCCGAAGGGAUGCCCUCAGCAAAGGCUCAGAUGCUCCUAGCUCCAGUCGCACCCUGACUGGCUCAGCCCCUGGAAGGAUCAUGCCCAUUGAGCUCCUCCGCGAGUUUAUCAAGAAGCGAUAUAACCCGGAACUCAGGUUCCUUAACCUCGAGAAUAUGGCUGAAGACGAGCUGCUCAAAUCGAAGAAUAUCUUACCCCCCGACGAUGAAAAUGCUUCUCGUCAAGUUGGUCCGGCGUUGCUCAAGUUGGCGGGACAACUUCAGCCCCAGCCCGAAUCCAUCUCGUUUGCAAAUAACAGCUUCACCAACCUACACUCACUACGCAUGCUCCCUACUUUCCUCCCCCAACUCAAGAACAUAUCCUUCCAGAAUAAUGAGAUUCGGAUGUGGAAGGAUUUAGAAGCCAUCAUCCCCAACGAACAGAAGCACAGGGAUGCAGUAUCCAGUAUUCGCGAGAUCAUUCUCAUGGGCAACCCUGUUCAUAACACUGAACUUGCCAAAGGUGAUCUCACAGCUUACCGCAGUGAGGUCGUUCGUCGUUUCCCUAACCUCGACAUGCUCGAUCAAGAGCCGAUUGUUAAAAUCGGGUUUGAUGUACCAUUGCCUGAGAUUAUGGAACGUGAUCGCGCACUUGAAAAAGACAAGAAUGUCCAAUGGCCAGUUGCAACCUCUUUCUUAGUUGAUAUGAAGGCCGGGUUCAUGGGCCCAGGAAUUGAGGCUACGACCGUUGAAUUUUUGACCAAGUACUUUGAACUCUUUGACAGCAACCGCACCCUACUUGCACCCGCCUACAGUCCCAGGGCAACAUUCUCCCUCUCACUCAAUACCUCUAUUCCGCCUCGCGCCCGAAUCAGGGGCUACCACUCUCACCUUCCGCAUCAAAAAGAGCUCACAUGGAAAGCCUGGAUGGAUGUCGGUUCACGAAACCUCAUGCGUGUAGCCAAACUCGAGAAGACAACCAACUUUCUCCGAAGCACGGCCGAAGAUGUGAUCAAGGCGCUCACAGCAAUCCCAGGGACCAGACACGAUGUGACAGGUGCCGGUGGGGCUACUAUCGAGGGUGGCUCUCCAGUUGGCUCUCCAGCGGCUGGGAAGUUUGUGGUCGAUGCGUUUACUUGUCUAGGUGUCCUUCCGGGCGAAGGAGAUGCAGGGAUUGUAUUGUUUAUAAACGUUCAUGGGGAAUUUGCUGAGCAACCAACUGGUGGCUUGCGCUCAUUCGACCGUGUAUUCGUUGUCGCACCCUCUCCUCCCGACUCGCCUUCGUAUGCAGCUGGGUGGAGACGCCAACGAAGCGUGGGUUCCCGGACCUAUUGUAGUCCAGAAUGUGAAUUCCGGCAAGGGGACAACCCUGUCCCUGCUCCAAUGCCGAGUAUGGAGAUGGCACCUAUGGAUCCUAUAUUGGCUGAUUUGGUAUUCAGAGCCCAACGUGCCCUUAUGGCCGAGUGCGCUGGUCGCACUGGUCUCAAUGGCCAGUAUUCGAGGAUGUGUCUUGAAGGGAAUGGAUGGGACCUGGCUAAAGCGUUGGCCAACUUUGAAGAGCUCAAGGCAACAAUUCCGCCCGACGCGUUUGUUAGGCAACAGCCACUCUAA